UCCUUUCCUGUUGAGCGUUCCAAACGUGAAGGGCCCUCUGGAUCUUCCCCUGUUUCUGGCAUUCUGCACCAAAUGGAGACCGCCAUGGGUCCUCCACCCUCAAAAAACCCUACCACCUCCACCGAACCCCAAAUACAAACUCUAAGCCUUGACGAACCGUCUAACUCUGCAAAACCAAUCUCAUCCAUGGGUCCUCCGCCUCCCAAAAAUCCUGCCACCUCCGCAGACUCACCAUCCCAAACCCUAACCCUAGACGAACCCUCAACUUCUGCAAAUCCAAAGGUGCCCAUGGGUCCUCCACCUCCCAAAUCCCAACCCACCGUCCAACCAAAUUCAAGCCCUACCCCUUUCUUCGAAGCCAGUACUGAAGUCUCCGAACCCAGUACUGAAGUCUCCGAACCCAGUACUGAAGCCUCCGAACCCAGUACUGAAGCCUCCGAACCCAGUGCUGAAGCCUCCGAACCCAGUACUGAAGCCUCCGAACCCAGUACUGAAGCCUCCGAAAGCUCUGCAAUGCAGCCCGGUAAUAAUUCUACUCACCACCAGAAGACUCAGAGUGCUGCAGUUCCUUAUACGAUUCCUUCGUGGAGCGAGCCUCCCGGCCAUUCCUUUUACUUGGAAGUUCUUAAGGAUGGCUCUAUCAUUGAUCAACUUGAUGUAUAUGAGAAGGGGGCUUACAUGUUUGGACGUGUAGAUAUCUGUGACUUUGUCCUUGAGCACCCAACAAUUUCUCGGUUCCAUGCUGUUCUACAGUUUAAGAGAAAUGGAGCGGCCUACCUUUAUGAUCUUGGUAGUACUCAUGGUACUUUUCUCAACAAGAGUCAGGUGAAGAAAAAGGUUUACACAGAGUUGCAUGUUGGUGAUGUCAUUCGAUUUGGACUUUCAACUCGCUUGUACGUAUUCCAAGGGCCAACUGAGUUGAUGCUCCCAGAAUCUGACUUGAAGAAGAUAAGAGAAGCUAAAAUCCUCAGAGAAGAGAUGCAGGAUCGUAAAGCUUCACUUUCACGAGCAAGACGGGAAGCUGCUUUUGCAGAUGGUAUCUCAUGGGGCAUGGGGGAGGAUGCAAUUGAAGAACCUGAGGAUGAUGCUGAUGAAGUGACUUGGCAAACGUACAAAGGACAGCUUACAGAGAAGCAGGAAAAAACCCGAGAUAAAAUUAUUAAAAGAACUGAGAAGGUUGCUAAUAUGAAGAAAGAAAUAGAUGCUAUUCGUGCUAAAGACAUUGCUCAAGGUGGGUUGACACAAGGACAACAAACUCAGAUCGCUCGGAAUGAGCAAAGAAUAUCACAGAUUAUGGAGGAAAUUGAAAACUUGGAAGAGACCUUGAAUGAAAGUAUCCAAGAAAGCAUAGGAGCGCGUUCUGGAAGGAUAUCUCGCACUACCAAGAAAGGAAUAACAGAAAAUGAAGAAGAAUAUUUGAGUGAUGAUGAUGAUGAUGAGUUCUAUGACCGUACGAAGAAGCGUUCUAUUCAGAAAGCUGGUGAAAACCAGUUGGUCGAGACUGCUGAUACUCUUCUUGAUAAGAAAGAUGCCAUCAUUAAAGAUAUGGAAGAGAAGAGAAAGUUACUUUCAAUUGAGAAGAGCAAAAUAGUACCAGAAGUUGAGGUUGGAGAUGCACUUGAUGCUUACAUGUCUGGGCUUUCAUCUCAGCUUGUGCAUGACAAGGCCUUACAACUUGAAAAGGAAUUGUCCACUCUCCAAUCUGAAUUGGACAGGAUUGUCUACUUGCUGAAAAUUGCUGAUCCGGCAGGAGAAACUGCCAGGAAAAGGGAUUCAAAAGGACAGGAGCCAAAACCUCACAAAUCUGAAAUCCCCAGUUCCUCCACUGUGAAACAAUCACCUCUAAAACAAAAGAAAAGCUGUGGGUCAGAAAAACCUGCCGAUGGCCCCAUUCAGAAACAGGGAGAUAGUGAUGAGACUAUGGAGUCAAGCAAGAAGCCAGAAGCUAGCAAAAUCGCAUUAGAUGCAAAAGAAAGCAAAACUACCGCAUAUAGUGUAUUAAAGCCUCAGUGGCUUGGGGCUGUAGAUAAAAUAGAAGUAGAAGAGACUCCACAAGAAGCAGCACUAGUGAAUAAUCAUGAAUCUGAUCAGUUUGUUGACUACAAAGACAGAAAGAAGGCAUUGGGUAUUGUAGACGAUGUACAGGUUAAGAUGGAGUCAGGGAUCGAAACUGCAGCUCCUGGUCUAAUAAUAAGGAAGCGGAAGCAGGUUGAGAAAUCUGAAGACAGUGAUGAUAAAGCUCCUGAACAGUCAACAUCAUCUUCAGGACCCAAUAUCAUGGCAGAAGAUGCUGUGGCACUACUAUUGAAGCACUCGAGAGGGUAUUAUGCAUCAGAAGACGAGAAUGGACAUGAAAAACAAGACAUAUCAGGUGGGAAUCAGCCCAGUAAGGAUAAGAAAAAACCCAAGAGGGUACUUGGUCCUGAGAGACCUUCAUUUCUUGAUGGUGGUUCAGAUUAUGAAACAUGGGUGCCUCCUGAAGGACAAUCAGGUGAUGGAAGAACCUCAUUGAAUGAUCGCUUUGGUUAUUGAUUUUAAAUGCUCUUCUGGUUUACUUGUGAUAUGGGCUCUAGAACCUUCCGAAGUGGUGACUGAAGCAGAGAGGACCUAUAUGUGGUUUCUGGGUCGAACAAUAAUUAGCAGGCCUGACCUCAAUGACGUCAUUGAUGAAGUUGAGUUUGAAUACUUAUUGUUUUAGAUGCUGAGAUGUUUCCAAGGAUCGUCUGUCAAUGGAGACAAAUGGCAUUCCCUUGUUAACAAAGCGACUUGAAGGUUCUAGUGCAUAACCAUUGUAUAAAAAGGAAUUUUGAGGUUAAUUUGUGCACAUCCUUAUAUUAUCAGUACAUUCACACAAAAGGUAGUUUCUCAACCAUGCUAAUGAAAAAUUGAUCCAAGUGUGGACUUAACUAUUUUGUAACUUUCUUGGAUGGGUCAAAGUCUCCAACUGAAAUUUACCAAUACAAUAUUGAUGGGCUCCCUUAUGCAUGUUUUAA